AUGUCCCAGCAUGCAUUGUUGUCAGCGGGGACCAAGGCAUGGCGCUCCCUGGCCUGCUCACGGUCAGAGCUCCGUCUGGACCUCACACUAGGCUGCGGACAGAGCUUCCGGUGAGUUCCUUUGACCACUGCUUCGCUGAUUCUAUAGAGCAAUGGCAGGGCAUACGUUACAUGACCCAGGGCUCUGCCAAAGGCAUUAGCAAGUAUUGAAAUGAUCUCUAACUCACUCACUACCUCUCAAACCAUUUAUCCUAACCCUCUGUACCCCCUCCCCCUUUUCCCUGCCAGCUGGCGAGAGACAGGGGAUGGCCACUGGACCGGAGUGAUGGGGGGACGAGUGUGGACUCUCACCCAGACAGACGACACUCUAUGGUACCACACAUACAAUAGCCCCAACACCACAGCAGAGGGGGAUGGGAGGAAGAGGAAGGCAGGUGCCCUGCUCCAGGGGUCAAAGGGGUCAGGGAAAAGAUCCAAGGGAGUGAAGGAGCAAGAAGACGAGGAGCCAGUGGCUGUGACCCCUGACCCAGACAGGAAGGAGGAAGAUCUGCUGAAUGAUUAUUUCCAGCUGAAGGUGAAGCUGGGGGAUCUGUACAGCGAGUGGGGAGAAGCCGACCCACACUUUAAAAGCAUUGCCAACAUCUUCACAGGUAAGUUGGUCUGUGUUUAUAGUACUGUGUCUAAUAUGUCUCUUCUGUGUUUGUGUGUGUUUGUGUGUGUGCAUUUCAUACUUUACAGUGUGUGUGUUCCUCCCCCAGGUGUGCGUAUGCUGCGUCAGGACCCAGCAGAGUGCCUGUUCUCCUUCAUCUGCACCUCCAACAACCACAUCUCUCGUAUCCAGGGCAUGGUGGAGAGGCUGUGCCAGUCCCUGGGCACCCCUCUGUGUCAGCUGGACCAGACCAGCUACCAUGACUUCCCCUCCCUGCAUGCCCUCGCAGGUUCCAACUCCACUACCACCAACACUACUCUGGCUGAUUGUCUGAUAUCUGUCUCAUCUCUCUCUUUCAAAUCCUUCUUUAAAAAUAAUGUUUUUGGCGCUGACAUGUCCUCUGUGCUCUGAUUGGCAGACAACAGUGUGGAGGCGUGUCUGAGGGACCUGGGGUUUGGGUACAGGGCCAGGUUCCUGCAGCAGAGUGCCAGACAGAUCCUGGACUCUCACAGUGGGCACCAGUGGCUCCAGGGGCUCCGCAGUGCCCCCUAUCUGCAGGCC